CAUAGGCAGAGGGAGAAGCAGGCUCCCUGUGGGGUGUGCGAUGCAAGACUUGAUCCCAGGAACCCCGGAUCAUGACCGAAGCCAAAGGCAGAUGCUCAACCACUGAGCCACUCACAGGCCCAGAAGACUACAUUUCCACACCCCAGAGGAUUUUGCAAAUGUCCCCAAAUUCUCAGUCAUCCCACCAACUUCUAAAGGGAAGCCAGCCAGCUCACAGGGGAUCUCAGAGAUUUGAGAGGCUUGGGCCUCCUCGCAUAUAUGCUUUGGGCACCCUUGGCCACUGCCCUCUGUGCGCAUGCGCAGGGAUGCCAGCUUCUGAGGUGCGCAGGCGCAUUCGCAUUUAGCAGCGUUGCUAGGUUACACUGGUUCUGCGUAGGAAGAUUCUAAGUCGUUGGGCUUAGUCCCUGAGACAUUGAGGCGAGGCCCACUUGCCUUAUUGCUGGCGCGGGAGUGUAUCGCACUAGAGGCGGUGAAACCUGUGUCACUGAAGCCUGUCGGCUUCAUUAUGAAAAAGAGAUCUACAGCGCGGAAUGGGUGGGGCCUGCUGCGCUUCGGCUUCAACCUCAGGCCUCUGAGGGUCAGGUCGCCGCCUAUGACUAUGACUGUUGACAGCUUCCACAGCCCCGGUCCCGGAUACCACAUCAGAUAUCAAGAUCUCCGGGGAAUCCACAGAGCUGUGAUUGAGGGCGAUACAGAAAAAAUGCAGGAGAUACAGCAGUUGCUGGUUUUUGGUUUACAUGACUUAAAUAAAAGGGACAGGAAGAACAGGACGGCUCUCCACUUGGCGUGUGCCAUUGGGAGUGUAGAUAUGGUGAAGAUCCUGGUACUUUCUCAAUGCCAGCUAAACCUCCGUGAUGGAGAAAACAGGACAGCUCUCGUGAAGGCUGUACAAUGCCAAGAAGAGGCAUGUGUAGAUAUUCUUCUCAGAAAAGGUGCUGAUGUAAAUACUAAGGAUUUCAAGGACAACACCGCUCUCCAUUAUGCGGCCUAUGAGGGAAAUAUCUCAAUAGCACGCAAGCUGCUUUUGAAUAAAGGAGAUAUAGAGGCCAAAAACAAGGAUGGCCUCACACCGCUUCUAGUUGCUGUAAAUGAAAAAAAAGAGAAAAUGGUGGCAUUUUUAUUAGAAGAAGCAAAUAUAAAUGCAGUUGACUACACUAACAGGAGUUGUCUCCACUUGGCCUGUGCCAAUGGCCAUGAAGAUAUGGUGAAGCUCCUGGUAGAUCGGAAAUGCCAGCUAAACCUCCGUGAUGUUGAAAACACGACCGCUCUACUGAAGGCUGUACAAUCCCAAGAUGAGGCAUGUGUAGAUAUUCUGCUGAAACAUGGUGCUAAUCCUGAUCUAAAAGACAUCAAGGGCAACACUGCUCUCCAUUAUGCAGCAUUAGGGGACAAUGUCACAAUAGCACAGAAACUACUUUUAAAGAAAGUAAAUAUGGAGAUCAGAAACAAGGAUGGCCUCACACCGCUUUUACUUGCUAUAAAUGAAAAAAAAGAGAAAAUGGUGGCAUUUUUAGUAGAAAAAGCAAAUAUAAAUGCAGUUGACUACGCUAAAAGAACUGCUCUCCACUUGGCCUGUGCCAUUGGCCGUGAAGAUAUGGUGAAGCUCCUGGUAGAUCGGCACUGCCAGCUUAACCUCUGUGAUGGCGAAGACAGGACAGCUCUCGUGAAGGCUAUACAAUGCCAAGAAGAGGCAUGUGUAACUCUUCUCCUGGAACACGGUGCUGAUCCUAAAGUGAAAGACAACAAGGGCAACACAGCUCUCCAUUAUGCAGCCCACGAAGGGAUUGUCUCAAUAGCAGAGAAGCUGCUUUUACAAAACGCAAAUAUAGAGGCCAAAAACACGGAUGGCCUCACACCAGUUUUAGUUGCUCUAAAUGAAAACAAAGAGCAAAUGGUGAAAUUUUUAGUAGGAAAAGGAGCACGUCUACUUUCAGGGGAUACGGUUAAAAGCAGUGACCAACUAAUUUCUGAACAUGAAGAAGAAAUGAAACCUGAAAAUUCUUCACAGAAUCAUGAUCUAGUGGCUAAGAAGUCUGAAGAAGUCUCUUUAAGCAGUCGUACCUGCAAAGCUGAUACUGAUGAUUCAAGGCCUUCAAAACAUGAGGACUUAAGUUCUGGUACCAAGACUGUCCCGAAACUAAACUUAAGAAAGCAAAUGGCUGCUUUUCUGCGACCCAAGAAAGCAAAAUGUGGUCUUGUGAGCCAAGAAGAUAGACCUUUAUUUGCUGACAACAAUUUUGCAAGAGAAGAUAAGACUGAAACUCUCUGUAAACCAUCCGUCAAUGUCUCUGACUAUUCUCCUCUUGCUUUUGUAUCACCCGAAACUCCUCAAACGUCUUCAGCAAUGCUUGGUGUUACAAAGACUGUCCCGAAACUAAACUUAAGAAAGCAAAUGGCUGCUUUUCUGCGACCCAAGAAAGCAAAAUGUGGUCUUGUGAGCCAAGAAGAUAGACCUUUAUUUGCUGACAACAAUUUUGCAAGAGAAGAUAAGACUGAAACUCUCUGUAAACCAUCCGUCAAUGUCUCUGACUAUUCUCCUCUUGCUUUUGUAUCACCCGAAACUCCUCAAACGUCUUCAGCAAUGCUUGGUGUUACAAAGACUGUCCCGAAACUAAACUUAAGAAAGCAAAUGGCUGCUUUUCUGCGACCCAAGAAAGCAAAAUGUGGUCUUGUGAGCCAAGAAGAUAGACCUUUAUUUGCUGACAACAAUUUUGCAAGAGAAGAUAAGACUGAAACUCUCUGUAAACCAUCCGUCAAUGUCUCUGACUAUUCUCCUCUUGCUUUUGUAUCACCCGAAACUCCUCAAACGUCUUCAGCAAUGCUUGGUGUUACAAAGACUGGAAAAGAAAGGAAGCAGCACACGAGUAAUAAAAUGGAAGGAGCAGAAAACAUAUAUGAUGCUGCUGCUGCUGCUGCUGCUGCUCCUGCUCUUGGUACUGCUCUUGCUGUUGCUGCUGCUGCUGCUGCUGCUGCUCCUGCUGCUGGACUAAUUCAACAAAGAAAGACUGGAAAAACUGAUAACCACCUGUUUCCUACUACGCAGAAUGAAGAUUCUGAUAGUAAUGAUCCUGGUUUGUCUAUCAUGGAAAUAAAGAAGAUAAAAAUGUAAAGUGGGCAUCAAAAGCAUCUGUGAUUAC